AUGAAGCAAAAGUCUGACUUUUUCAAGUCGUCAUUACAAAUUGCUCUCAAUAAAACCCAUGAAGGUUAUGGCAUUGUAGCUUCGCUCAAGUCCAUGUGUCAAAAUAAUCGUGAAGAAGCUGCAUGGGACGAUUGUCACGAACUCUUUAACGAUGUCAUCCUUCAACUUAAUCAAAUCAUUUCUACCCCUAAAUACAUAUCAGAUGAUGCAGAAACAUUGAUUAGUGCAGCCCUUACCAACCUUGACACAUGUCGUUAUGGGUUCAUGGAGCUUGGAGUUACCAACAACAUAUAUCCUUUAUUGCCAAUUAACAAUGUUUUCGACUUGAUCUUCAACACAUUAGCUCUCAAUAAUCUUCCAUGCAAAGGGUCUAGUUAUUAUGAAGAUGGAUUUACUACUUGGGUGAAACCCAAUGACCAAAAGCGGUUGCAAGACUCUUCAUCUUUACUAUCUUCUCAAGAAACUAUUGUGGUGGCAAAUGACAACUUGGGUGAUUUCAAUACAAUAACGGAGGCAAUAAACUACCUAGUGUCGUUGCAGACGAAUACAGCGAAAAGAAAUGUCAUUCAUAUAAAACAAGGGAUCUAUCAUGGAUCUUAUAUAAAGGUAUUACUGGAGAUGGAUUUAUCGCCAAGGACAUUACUUUCCGAAACACUGCUGGAGAAGGAGCUGUCUUCCAAAAUUGUGGCAUAUAUGUAG